AUGUAUGAGGAAAAAUGUGUUAACAGGAAUGAACGAGAAGAAACAAAAAAAAAAAAAAAAAUUAUUCCAAAAAAUAUGUGGGAUGUCAAUUAUAAAGACAGUAAUAACAAUACUGACUAUGUGAGGGACCAACGAGCGAAUGGUUACUUUCUAAACUUAAAGGAAGAAAGAGAAAAAUGUACGCAGAAAUACACUGUCAAAGAGGAUGAUUUUCUGAAUACUGAUGCUUUAGUAAUGGCGGCGUGUGAAAUUUUGUGGAAUGCCUUAAACCCUGAAAAAGAAAAUUGCAUUGAUUUGUUUAAUGAUCGAAUUUAUAAUUUUUUAACAAAAAUAGGGGAAGAAAAAUUUAAAAAUCUUAUUUUACCGUAUUUUAUAGCAAAUGCAAAAAGUAUACAUGAUCUGAAAAAUCUUUUAUCUGAAAAAAAGGGUCAGAAAUAUAAUGAAAGUUUUGCCAGCUGUAGUAUUAAAGAAUUAAAAAGGAUAACAAAUGAAAAUAAUCUAAGUCUAAUAGUAAAUUAUCAAGAACAAAGUGACUUGAGGGUAAAAACAAAUGCACAUGGGAUGUUAAUUAUACCAAAAAACGUUUUUUUCAAUUUCAUAAAAAAAAUUAUUCUAAUGAAUGAUCAUUUAGCAAAUUCUGAUAGUGCGCUUUUUAGGGUCUUCCUUUUAGAAAUGUUAAAAAAUAAGGACAAAUUUUUCAUCAAUAUGGAAGGAAAUUUUUUGAAAAAACAUGACCAAGGAAAGUAUGACAAUCUUGUUAAGGAAAAUAAAAAUUUGUUAAACGAUAAAGACGUCUACUACAGAAUAAAAAAGGGGAAAAAAAAAAAAAAUGAAAAUAGUGAUAAUACUAAUAGUAACAAGGAAAACCCACUAUUGAGGGAAGACUACAAAUUGGUAGAAAGAGCAAGAAGUUUAAACGAUAUAAUUCACAACAGUAUAAUGCAUAUAUCAAAAAAAAAAAAAAACUCUACAAAAGAAGAUGCGGAAAACUUAAGUUUACUAAAAUGCGUAUCUCUUAAUAAAAAGAAAUAUGAUCAAAUUAUGUAUAAAAAGAGAAGGGAAAAUUACAAUGAUCCAUUACAUAUUUUAAAGGAAUUUUUGAAAAAAGACAAUAAUACGUUAAAUUACAAUGAAAUUGUAAAUGAACUAAGGUCAUGUACCUUUCAGCCCAAUAUCUGUAAAUAUAUACUAGCAGAGGCUGAUAAUAUUAUAAACAAGGACAAGUUUUGCAUAAUAAAAGAGGAAAAAAGAUAUAAGGGUGAAAUAGAAAAACUAUUUAAGAAUAUUCAUAAUAGUUCUAUAACAGAUGAAAUGCAUAAAUAUAUGUUAAACAAUACCCAAAUCGAGCAUGCGAAUGAUGAAGAAAAUAGAAAUAUUAUGAAAUAUAUGGAAAUGUAUUAUAUACAGUACUGUGCAAAUAAGAGAACAAAUACGAAAGGAAGCUUAAUAAAGUAUUAUGAUGAAUGUUGUCAACCAGAACAUAGAUUAAGUAGGCAUAUAACACGUAGUGCAACAAAUGCUUGUAAUAGUAAAUAUAAUGUUAACAUGAUGAAGGAAAGAAAAAAAUCAGAAGGUAUAACUACUAAAGGCAAAAAUACAUGGAUUAAUGAAUUAAGAGGAGGGUAUCUAAGUAACUGUUUUAAUUUUUCGAUAAUUGAUAAAAACGAAAGAAUUGAUAAAAACAAGCAAAAGCAUGAACAGAUGAAGUUUGCACGUGUGCAAGAAUUUAACUGGCAUAAAGAAAUACGACUAAAAGGAAGGAGAUUGAGAACGAAAGUUAUACCUAAUUUAGAUAUAUCGAAUAAAUUUAUGCGCAACUUACAUAGUGUGAAUUAUACUUUUGAUAAAUUUGCACAAACUGUUGAUACACAUAAGAAAACAAAAUAUUUUUCUGAAAAUGACAAAUAUGAUGAUGAUAAGCCUAAUAAUAAAAAUAUACAGGUUAAUUAUGAAUCAUUAAAAUUUCAGGAUAUGCAUAAAAAUAAUAAUAUUACUUCUUCCUCAAUACAUGCAGGCAAUAAAAAAAUUUUUAACUUUAAAAAUGGUAAACACACACAAAAAAAAAAAAAAAAAAGUUAUGAACACAAAGAUAUCGUAGAACGGGAGAAAAUACUUAAUGACUUUAACAAAUUCUGUUCUUUUAUUCCUCCUCCCAAAGUUAUUGCCGUAAAAUCGGAUCAUACAACUUUGGAAGAUAUUGAGAAAGAACUGCUAUCUCUUCCUUCGUCGGUUCAAUAUUUACAGAUAUUGUAA